AGUGCUUUUCUCUCGUUUCGACACUGCGCUUCAUACGCAUUGAAUUACGGCGACUCGGUGACCGCAUUCAAGCGAUGUGUAUUUGAUGCCCUACAAGUAAUUGACCGGGAUCGUGAGAUAAGGGAAUUGGGAUAUAGAUUGAUUGGGCAGGCUAUCUUGUAUUCGUAAUGCAGUACUAAAUGGCAUGCCUCCUCAUCGUUAUGCCUCUGCACUGAGUUACGGCAUCGCGCAACUGGCUGAAAGUUCCAGCUCAAAGCGAAUCCUGUUCAAAGCACUAAUAACACUAUCACCACCCCACAUCUAGCAUUUCCUGAUUUCGGCAUAUUGGACUAUCCAGCUUCUCAUUCAAAUUAGUGAUGCAUUGAUUUAACGGAGGAGGUCACGAUGGGAGCAAGGAAGACCAAGCUUGCAACGGAUGACAACGACGGAAACCGGAAGCAGGUAGACGAUAACAGUCAGGAUAGCUUCCAACUCUAUUCACUGGUGAAUUUGAAGGGAGGAGGGGAGCUUGUCGAACUCACCCGAGAGGCAAUCAAGUCCAAAGACUGGCAGCCAGUUGAAGACAAACUAAGAAGUGACUCGGUGAAGAGAUUCUUGUACAACGAUGGACAAGGCCGGGACAUAUCCAUCAAGGAGCUUGUCAAUCGCAGGAACCAAAGCAGGAAGGAGAAAGUUGAAAUCAUCGGAGCAACGUCAAGGCAACACAGUGCAAACACCAUCAGUCCUGUUAGUCCUGCUACCAUAAGGAAGGUUUGCUGGGACCUGGACCAGAGAGGGGCUGUUGGAGAGACUAUCCUCCAUCUUUGUUUCCUCAAUGCUACUGAGCUUCAUAACGAGCUAGCCAAGAGAAUAAUCAAGGCAUACCCUCUCCUUGUGAAUGACAUCUUCCACACGGACCUCUACCAAGGUGAGAGCUGCCUUCACUUUGCCAUCGUUAACGAGGACUUUCCCAUGGUGAAGUUCUUGGUAGAGCAUGGUGCCAACAUCGAUGAGAGGGCUUGUGGCACAUUCUUUCUGCCUGAUGAUCAAAAGAACACAAGGAAAGACACCUACGAUCAUGAAGUUAUUGUCGUGGAUAACAAAACAAACUAUCAUGGACAUACCUACUUUGGAGAGUACCCUCUGAGCUUUGCAGGGUGUCUGGAACAAGAUGACAUCUUACGUUACCUCUGGAGCAAAGGAGCUGACGUGAAUGCCCAGGAUUCCAAUGGGAAUACUGUACUUCACAUGACGAUACUUCACAAUAAGAGGUCUCAGUUCACCCAAGCCUUUGAGCUUGGAGCAAGCUGCAGUAUCACCAAUUUCCAGGGCUACACCCCUCUCUGCUUGGCAGCGGAGCUGGCAAAUACAGAGUUCUUUGAGAGCAUCAUCCAUCUAGAGCGUCAGGUCUCCUGGAAGUAUGGGGAGGUGACGUGCGCCCUCUAUCCUCUCUACAACCUCGACAGUAUCGGAGUUGAUGGGAGCGUCAAUGAAAAGUCUGCUCUAUUCACCAUUGUCAAUCAGUCCGACAUUGAUCAUCUCGGCCUAAUGAAAGGUUUGAUGACCAAAUUGCUUCAUGAAAAAUGGAAAACAUUUGGGCGGUUCCAAUUCUACCUUCGCAUGGGACUCUUCGUGCUCUACUUGAUGCUCCUGACAACAGCAUUUUAUAUGCGUCCAGGCAAGGACCGUUAUGCUAGAGAUGUCAAUAUCACAGACGAAUUCGGGAAUACAACGGUUGUACAGGAUUGGAAUAGGUGUUAUCUUCUCUACACAGAAACGGUGCAGGAUAAGGUUCGUCUCACCUUUGAGUGCUUGACUUUGAUCGGGGCCGUCACGUUUCUUUACUUUGCUGCAAGAGAGUUUCACCACUUGAGAAAGCUCUACUGGAAUGUACUGCGCAACGCCCCAGCAAAGGCCAUGUUCCUCUUAUCUUGCUGCUUCGUAAUCCUGGCGUGUUUCGGACGGAUUCCACCCUGUGCUCCGUACUAUGAAGAUGUGCUUAUCAUCCUCUGUGUGCUCACAGCCUGUCCAUACUUUCUCUUCUUCUUGAGGGUAUAUGCCCUGGUAGGUCCAUUUAUCUUCAUGAUAUAUAAGAUGAUACAAGGAGAUCUGCUCAAGUUUCUUCUUCUUUAUCUCAUCUUCUUCAUUGGUUUCUCACAAGCAAUGCAUAUUGUAUUCCUCUCCUCCUCGGGGGGUGAAACUAACUUCAUCGAUUCAGCCGUCAACAUGUUUGUCAUGUCCCUUGGAGAGUUUGGAGAUGUUUAUGAGGAGUUUGAUAGGACCCGUUACCCGCAUAUGGCUAAGUUCUUGUUCUUUGUCUACAUGGUGCUUGUGACAUUACUCCUAGUCAACAUGCUUAUUGCUAUGAUGGGCAACACCUUCAGUACAAUUGCCAAUGCUGAUUAUGAGUGGCAGAGACAGUGGGCUAAAGUUGUGCUGGUUCUAGAGCAGUCUCUAUCCCCAGAGGUUCGGCACAGCAUGCAACUGAUGUACUCCCAACCCGUGUGGGAAGGGCUCCCUGGCAGGGCUAUGGUACAACAAACAGAAAGAGAAACCCAUGACGACAGAGAAGUGCAGAAGGCCCGUCAGCGCAACAGUCGCAACACUCGGAUGAAGUUUAUUGAUGGGGAAUGGGUGCCGCCUCCCAUGAAUGACCAGCCUCGGGACAGUGUGUUGGGGACACACCAGCCGCCUACUGACCCCAAACCACCAGUGACCCUUGUUAUCCCAGAAACAAAGAUCACUUCGCCAGAUGGGGAUUAUGUGUAAGAUUUAUCCCACUGCUGCCACCAAUAUAAUGCAAAGGAACUUGUAUAACCAACCUUAUCACCCUGUUUUAGGGGCACACCAGUGGCAGUCUGUCCCUAAACCCUCAGUGACCUUUGACAUCCAGAAACAAAGACUACUUCCCCAGAUGGGGAUUACAUCUAAGUGUAAUCCAACUGCUGCCACCAAUACAUACAAAGUAACCUGGUCAACUGCCAGUUGGUCUAUUUCCAGUUGACCAACCUCGUGGCAGUAUGUUAGGGGCACAUCAGCCGCAGUCUGACCCCAAAGAUGUAUCCCACUGCUGCCACCAUAAUAUACAAAGGAAAUUUAUGACCUACCUUGUGACCCUUGUCAUCCCUAAACAAAGGUUACGUUGGAUUAUGUUUAAGAUGUAUCCCACUGCUGUCAUUAAAACAUUCAAAGGAACCUGAAUGACCAACCUUGUGACAGUGUGUUAGGGGCACACCAGCUGCAGUGUCAUCCCAAACCCCCAGUAAACCUUAUCCCAGAAAUAAAGGUUAUUUCGCCAGAUAGGGUUUAUGUGUAGAAUGUAUCCCACCACUGCCACCAAUAUAUAUAUACAAAGGAACUUGGUCAACUGCCAAUGGGUCUAUUGCUAGUUGACCAGAGUCGGGACAUUGUGUUAGGGGCACACCAGCUGCAGUCUGACCCCAAAACCCUCAGUGACCUUUGACAUCCCAGAAACAAAAUUCAUUUCACCAGAUGGGGAUUAUGUGUAAGAUUAUUAUUAUUAUUAUUUCUAUUUAUGUACUGCACUUUUCUCAAAAUGGCCCAAAGUGCUUACAUCAACUAAAAGAACACAUCAAGUAUAAAAUGAAAUUUGCAAUCCUAAAACUCUUAACUGGAAAAAAAGGAAUGGCCUCAGUCCCUUUUUAAAUGAAGUGAGAGAUGGUGAUUGUCUGAGUGAGAGAGGUAACUUAUUCCAAUAUAAGAUGCAUCCUAUCACUGCCACCACUUCAAACAAAGAAUCCUCCACGCCUGCAUGACCAACCUCAUGAGAGUAUGUUAUGGCCACACAAACUGCAGUCUGAUCCCAAAACUUCAGUGACUCCUGUCAUCCCAGAAACAAAGGUAAAUUCGCCAGAUUGGGAAUUAUUUGUAAAAUGUAUCCAACUGCCUCCGCCAA